GAGAGAGAGAGAUAGAGCGAGCCACCAACAGCAUUUAGAAAUGUCCAGUUUAAGUGUAACCAGUUUUUGUCACUGUGGAUUCCUCACAUACCUUGUGCUGUUCUCUUUUUACGUUUCGAUAGCGUCCUCGGUGAGCCUUGACUUGACUGAACUAAGAAACAAAGUUGCAAAGAUCAAAGUUAACCCGAGAGGAAAUUUAUGGGCAACAGGUCAUUUUAUGGGGAAGAAAAGUGUUGUGGACAGCGAACACUUGCUGACCGAGGAUGACUCCACGAUGAAAGCCAUCGAGGCUGCACUGAAUCCCCAGCAGGUCGAGCCCGCUGACCUCUACCAGGAGAUGCUGAGGAUCGCGCUUCAAGCACACCUCGACUCUCAGGAGAUCCGCCCUAAAGUUCCGGGGACUGCAAUAUUAAUGAAGAUAUUAGACAGCUACAUCCAAGACAAUAAAAAAGGAUGACUGCUAUCGGCUGAGAUCUUCAAAGUGUUUAAUUCACAUGAAAUUUGUAAUUGCUUUUUCAUCAACUGUAAUUUGUUUCUUAACUAAAACUUUUAACC